AUGAGGGUCUGCUCGCUCGCUUCAGAUCCCUUCCAAAUUUCGAAAGGAUCAAGAGUUGAAAAAGGAAAAAUGGGGCUUUCAUUUGCAAAGCUAUUCAGCAGGCUUUUCGCCAAGAAGGAGAUGAGAAUCCUUAUGGUUGGUCUUGAUGCUGCUGGUAAGACAACCAUUCUGUACAAGCUCAAGCUUGGGGAGAUUGUCACCACCAUCCCCACCAUCGGGUUUAAUGUGGAGACGGUUGAGUACAAAAACAUCAGCUUCACUGUCUGGGAUGUUGGGGGUCAGGACAAGAUCCGUCCAUUGUGGAGGCACUACUUCCAAAACACUCAAGGUCUGAUAUUCGUGGUGGAUAGCAACGACAGAGACCGAGUUGUUGAAGCCAGAGACGAACUUCACAGGAUGUUGAAUGAAGAUGAGCUUCGUGACGCAGUGUUGCUUGUGUUUGCCAACAAGCAAGAUCUUCCAAACGCAAUGAAUGCUGCUGAGAUAACUGAUAAGCUUGGCCUACACUCUCUCCGGCAACGCCACUGGUACAUUCAAAGCACAUGCGCAACCACCGGUGAAGGGUUAUACGAAGGUCUGGAUUGGCUCUCCAACAACAUUGCUAACAAAGCUUGA